AUGGGUAAUCUUGAGGAAUUCAGAAGAUUUACAUCGUUUAGGAGCCUUAGCAAGCUCCUUCCCUGCAAUUUCCCAUCCACAUCUAUAAUAACUCCUCCAAAUCAUGCCAAUUCUGAUAAGUCUUCUGAUGAAGAUAUCACAAGCAAAUCUCCAAAUAUGACAAGCAAUAGAAGAUGGAAGCCAACAGUAGAACAACUUGCUAUACUAGAAGAUGUCUACAACAGAGGAAUUCAGAGUCCAAGUUCAGACCAGAUAGACCAGAUUACCUUAUAUCUCCGGGCAUAUGGAGAUAUACAAGGCAAGAAUGUGUUUUACUGGUUUCAAAAUCAUAAGUGGAGCGACAGGCAGAAGAGAAAAAGAAAUCCAGACCAUAAGGCUGCACCUUUAACAAUAAAGAUGUCUUCCUCGUCAUCAAAUGCCAUCACUGGAGAAAAGGAAUCAGCAGGGUUGGAUAAGGAGUGUGCAGUUGAAGAAGUAAACGAGAGUGAACAACUCCCAAGGAAGAGAUUAAAAUUUGAACAAAUAAGAUUGGAUAGAACAGUUUGGAUAAAUAAUAAUGACAAUAUGGGAGAAGGCCCAGAUGAAAUUAUAGUCACCAAAGGACGCCAUGAAGCCGUUGCCUUACAAACUCUGCAACUCUUUCCUCUUCACCCAACUUAUGGAGAUAGAGACAAUAAAAGUGAAAAAUGUGGACGACUAUUCGAUGGAAAUAAAGCUCCAUUGUAA